AUGUCACCAACCAAAUCCCCCAUCAUCGAUCUCGAGACCGACGAGGAUGGCUGGAUUCGUGGCUCCAGCCAGAGCAUACAUGCUCGUAAACCGCAAUCCUCCAACUAUACCUCGCCUCCUCCGGCUACCACAAAGACAACCAACAAGCCAUCUCCCAUCACACCCGCCCGGAACAGGGCGCCAGCCGACGACGCCAAGCCACGCUCCUUGCUAGAACGCAUCGAGAUGGACGAGCAUCUACAACAAACUCCCCCUCCCAAACCACCAACAGAUCAACACAACGUUCAUAGCUCCACCACCACCACCACGACUCCCUCACCUUCGUCCAAGGCUCCCAGCUCACCCUUCCGAACAACACCUUCUCAAGGCAUUCGCAGACCUGGAGCAAAGAUCCCUUCGCCUCUGCCUCUGACCAGCCCCGCUCGUAACAAUGAGUCCAGCUCGUCUCUCAGCACACGCACCCCCCUCAGUGCUUCUCAUCCUAUCCCUGAAACCCCACUCAAGCUUUCGCAGCGGGGAGGUCCUCAAACACCCGCUACGCCACACUAUCCAUCCUAUCCAAACUCUGCCCAGUCCCGCGAUUGCGACGCAUCACGCGCAAGCGGCCUCGGUAUCGGCCUGACACCUCUCAAGACGCCCGUACCUCUGGCUCCAAGUCCCGACAAUGUCCGCAGUCCUCUCAACGAAGCACUCAACUUGCGCUCACGUGCCGCCCCCAACGCUUCCAUCGGCUCGCCUCUCAAAUGCGCUCGUAAUGAUCUCCACACCGAACCUCUGGCCCUUGGCUCUUCUUGUUCUUCCUCCCACCAAUCAGCUAACGGUCAGAUCGAUGCGAUGCUCGACCGCCUUCGCAACGCUCGAUCCGGUCUCGGCACAAGCGCCAGCAUAUGGGCGCCCAAGUCUACUGCUUCGUCAGCAGACACCGAUGCCACUGCCAACGCCUCUUCUACCUCUACCACCUCGCACACGAUCGGAUCCGGCUUUUCUUCCAGCAAUCUGCUCGGUGUACACACCGGUCUGGAUCGCAAGCGACCCGGCCAUCGUCCCAACGGUCUCCAGCUCAGCCUAGGUCAGGAAAUCAGUGUCAUGCAAGAGCUCGAAGAGAAGGCCGAAGAAGACUAUCCUGCAUCCACCGUCUCGUCCGCCACUGUUGGCGAGACAUUCCGCAUCCAUCCUCCCGACCACGAUUCUGAACACCAGCGCCAAGAUGACUGGCAUGGCACUGUUGUGCCACCUACGCCUGCUCUUGGCUGCGACUCUCCUUCCUCGGACGAGGACCACGCCUCUUCUGCAAAACCGCCUUCUCGCAGCCUCGACGCCUUUGGUUGGGGUACUCACCCCACCAACGAGCCUCGUAAGUCUUCUCUGUUCUCGAAUUUGCCCUCGUCCUCCACCUUCGAAGCAAGCUGGAGCGGAGACGACGACGAUCAACGCAAAGACGACCUUGAUACCUUCCAGGACAUGCACGACCGCGCCAAGGCUUCCAGCAAGGAAAAACGCAACACCAACUACGGUCCGCUUCCACCGCCUCUGAUCAACUAUGCCAAAUCCCGCACUCCCUCUCCCACGCAUCCUCUGCUGGCCAAGUCGCCACAGCUCGACGAAGCUCCGAGGUCGCCUUUGCUAUCGGCGCCCAAACUGGGCACAGAUCCAUCGAACGAGGCUACUAUCGCCAAGGCCAACGGCCAGCGUCUUUCACCAGCAUCGGCACGCUCGCAGCUCCCAUCAGAUGAUUCGGACGGUGAUGCCGACGUUGAGAACGACCGACCCAAAGCGGCUCGAGAUCGCAAGGCGACCAAGAAGCCUACUUCGAAAGGCAUCGGCGUCGAGCAGGAGGUCAAGUCGAGCAGUCCCCAGCUCGAAUCGGCCACGUUGGAGAAGAAGCGCUCGCUCAAGAGGGACAAAUCGGAACGCAUCCGAGGCAGAAGAGCAAGCCAGAGCAAGGAAAAGGACGUUGACAAAGUCAAGAUGCCUGCUGCUGCGCCUUCGCUUGCUGCUACCGUGUCGCUGCCCAGCUGCACUCUCUCUAACAAACACGUCGACCAACUCGUCGGUCAGAUUGAAGACGUCGAUCUGAGCGAGAAAACAGCGCCCAACAAAGCAGCCAACGCGUCAGCAUGCGAACCAGCUAAAUCCAACGCUUUGCAGCAGACACCAUUAGCCCAGCGAAUGCAGAGCAUCCCAGCUGUCAAAGACGAUCUCUUUUCGUCUCCUGCGCAGCCACGAGUGGAGUUACCUGGCCACUUGUCCGCUACUAGUUCUGUCCAAGAGGUACAGCAAGCCAAAGAGGUUGUACCAGCAACGCCAGAGCCGAGCCAUGCCAAGACGUUCGACUGGGCCGCUGACGAUGAUGAGAUGGACGACGAGCUGCCGGACCUAGACGAUUGGGGGGUGACGCUUUCGCCUGCCAAGCCCAGUGUUGCUGCUUCCGCUGACGUGGCGGGCAAAGACAGCAACGCAUCUACGCAUCUGGAGAAACAUGGUCGAAAGCCGAAAUCUGAUGGCGAGGUGCCGUGGCGAAAGGCGGUAGAAAGCAAAGCGCGACAGGAUGGCCAAGGUCGGAGAUCCACCAGUGGUGCCAAAGGUGGCAUCAAGGAUUUCGCGGCUCCGAAAGCAAAUGCGGCGUCGUUGGGGAUUCGAAUCGCUGGCAGAGCCAAUUGCGGCGGCAUACCAGCGGAAGCGGAAGCGGCAAACGAGCUUCCUCCAGCGACCACACCGUACGGGCGGUGGAACAAGCGCAGAGAAGAAAUCUCGAUCAAAGGUGUCAGCGAUAGCGUCAAAGUAGGCGCAAACGAGGAGGGUGGCAAGGGCAGGCCCAGGAUCGCGGCUGACUUGGGAGCAUUGGCCAAGCUCCUGGCUCCUGCGCAAGGCGAUCAGGCUCGCACUGGAGGCAAAGCGAAUCCAGACAACAAGAAGCCCAAACAAGAUGCGCCCAAGAAGGGCAACGUCGCGGUCGGCACAGCAGCGCAAAGCGCGCACGUUGCUGUGAGUGCAGCUGCAAGCAUCCAUGCGCCAACCUCGUCCACGGCGCCCAAAAUCAGACACCCCGCCAAUGCGGCCUCGGCCGCGAACAAGUCUCAUCCAGCCAAAAAGGGCAAAGAUUCUCAUUAA